UCAAACACAUUGAGUUCUUCCUUCCGUUGCAUGUGAUCUCAGUACGUCCAUUGUAAGAAAAUGACGAACCAGCUUUGUAAACUGUUUGUUGGAGGCCUUAACGUCCAAACGACUGACGAAGGCUUGCGGGCACAUUUUGAACAGUAUGGACAGCUGACCGACUGCGUCGUGGUGAUGAACCAGCCGCUGCAGCGCUCUCGGUGUUUCGGCUUUGUUACGUACUCGAGCGUCGAGGAAGCGGAUGCCGCCAUGGCUGCUAGGCCUCAUGUCGUAGACGGCAACAACGUGGAUCUGAAGCGAGCGGUGGCACGGGAAGACGCAGGGAAACCAGAGGCACUAGCCAAGGUCAAGAAAAUAUUUGUUGGGGGACUGAGAGACGACAUUGAUGAUGAACACCUCCAAGAGUAUUUCUCCCAGUUCGGUACGCUCGAGAAGGCUCAGGUCAUCACCGACAAAGACACCGGGAAAAAGCGAGGUUUCGGUUUCGUUUAUUUUGAAGAUAACGACUCCGCCGAUAAAGCCGUCGUCAUGAAGUUCCACGUGAUCAGCGGACACAAAGUGGAGGUAAAGAAGGCGCUCUCCAAGCAAGAGAUGCAAGGUGCCGGCGGUCGUGGCGGCAGAGGAGGCCGAGGAAUGGGCCGGGGAAGCGGUUACGGCGGCGGCGGAAGAGGAGGUGGUGGUUACUAUGGUGACUACGGCUAUCAGAACGGCGCAUACGGUAAUGAUGGCAAUUACGAAAACCAAAGUAGCUAUGGAGGAGGCUAUAGUGACCAGAUGAGCGGUGGCUACGGCAACGGGAAUGGCUACAGUGAUUUCGGCGAGGGUUAUGGACAGCAGGCUUCAGGUUAUGGUGCUGUGAAAGCCGGCUAUUCCAGCAGGAGCAGUGGGCCCUACCCACGCGGCGGUGGUGGUGGUGGUGGCGGCUUUGGAAGAGGUGGCUAUGGUGGAUAUUAGAAGCACUAAUGUGACUCUUUAAGCUGUGCGUCAACUUUUUAUUUUUUUUAUUCUUUCGCAAACUAUUUGGACACUGGACUUUCAAAACGAAAUGUUUGGUAUUGGGUUUAAAUGAGUUGUUCUGUGCCAUCACCAGUACCAGGCAGACAUGCAUCGCAUUGUUUUCCUUUGUUUAGGUCGAAGUGGUCAUGUUUACGCAAGUCAAGCCUGGUAAAACAUCAUGUAGGCUUUUGUUUGAUUUUGUUCUAGGUUUAUUGCCUGGCAAUUGUUUGAGAUGAUACUCAGGGGUAAAGAAAUUUAAGCAGCUCAUUGUUUCACUUCAUGUUUUUAAAAUGUAACUUAAUUUUUGUUUUAUUGGUAUUCCACUGUACCUAUUGUAAAACUGUUUUUAAGUAUUUAAUUUUGACCCAGCAGUGGCCAUUCAAGCCUUUUAACCAUUAAAAGAGAUCUUUCAUAAA